AUGAACCAGGAGAUCCAAAUAACAAAGCUGCCGUCGCAACGCCAACAGCAACAAGAACUACCACUGCCACCAGAAGAUGGCACCAUCGUGAAAGAUCACACGUCGCAAGACGAGCAGCAACAGGCGGCGCAAGGUCGCCACGGCGCCGUGCAAGGCGGCGGCCACCAUCACCACCACCACCGGAGCAGCAGCAAGCUGACGGUGCUCCCGCUCAUCUUUCUCAUCUACUUCGAGGUGGCCGGCGGUCCGUACGGCUCCGAGCGGGCGGUCCGCGCAGCGGGCCCGCUCUUCACGCUCCUCGGCUUCCUCGUCUUCCCCUUCGCGUGGGGCGUCCCGGAGUCGCUCGUCACGGCCGAGCUCUCCGCCGCGCUCCCCGGCAACGGCGGCUUCGUCCGGUGGGCCGACCUCGCCUUCGGCCCGCUCGCCGGCUCGCUGCUCGGCACGUGGAAGUACCUCAGCUGCGUCAUCAACAUCGCCGCGUACCCGGCGCUCGUCGCCGACUACCUGGGCCGAGUCAUCCCCGCCGUGGCUGCCGGCACGGGCGGCAGGACGCGCACGGGCACGGUGGUCGGCAUGACCCUGUUCCUGUCCUUCGUCAACUACACCGGCCUGAGCAUCGUUGGGUGGGGCGCCGUCGUGCUGGGGCUCGUGUCCCUGGCGCCGUUCGUGCUCAUGACCGGGAUAGCCGUGCCCAAGAUGCGGCCGCGGCGGUGGACGGUGCAGGUGGAGGGGAGCAAGGACUGGCGCCUCUUCUUCAACACGCUCUUCUGGAACCUCAACUACUGGGACAGCGCCAGCACCAUGGCCGGCGAGGUGGAGCGGCCGGAGCGCACGUUUCCCCGGGCGAUGGCCGUGGCAGUCGUGCUCAUCGCUGCCAGCUACCUGCUGCCGCUCAUGGCAGCGACCGGCGCCACGGACGCGCCGCCGGACACGUGGGCGAACGGCUACCUGGCCGAUGCUGCCGGCAUCAUCGGAGGCCCAUGGCUCAAGUACUGGAUCGAGGCCGGCGCUAUUCUAUCGUCCGUGGGCAUGUUCGAGGCCCAGCUGAGCAGCGGCGCGUUCCAGCUGCUGGGCAUGGCGGAGCUGGGCCUGCUCCCGGCGGUGUUCGCGCGCCGCGCCACCCUGUCGCGCACCCCGUGGGUGGCCAUCGCCGCCUCCACGGCCGUGACGCUCGCCGUCUCCUUCCUCAGCUUCGACGACGUGGUCGCCACGGCCAACUUCCUCUACAGCCUGGGCACGCUGCUAGAGUUCGCGGCGUUCCUCUGGCUGCGCGCCAGGCAGCCCGACCUGAAGCGCCCCUACCGCGUGCCGCUCCCGCUGCCCGCGCUGGCGGCCAUGUGCGCGGUGCCGUCCGCGUUCCUGGCGUACGUGUGCGUCGUGGCCGGGUGGAGGGUGUUCGCGCUCGCCGGCGGGCUCACGGCGCUCGGCGUUGGCUUGCACGGCGCCAUGAGGCUGUGCAGGGCCAAGAGGUGGCUCAGGUUUGAAGGCCAGCAGGGACAAGGAGAUCAUGCUGCCGCACCUGCACACACGGUUUGA